UGUUGGUUGAAAGAGAGAAGCUCUAACAAACAAAAUCCAGAUACAGUUGAGUGUAGCAGUCACAGUCAAUACAACUCUGAAUCUGAAGUUUUCCAUACUAUAUAAAUGUCAACGGAAGCGCCCAAGCGCCAUAAAUGGCAGUGGGAGAACGCCACCGCGGGCGCCGCCGCCGGAUUCGCCACCGUUGCCGUUAUGUAUCCCCUCGAUGUUGUCCGCACUAGGUUCCAAGUUAACGAUGGUCGAGUCUCUCAUCUUCCCAGUUACAAGAACACCGCUCACGCCGUUUUGACCAUUGCUCGCUCCGAGGGAUUAAGAGGGUUAUAUGCAGGCUUUCUUCCUGGGACUCUCGGAUCCACUAUUUCGUGGGGCUUAUAUUUCUUUUUCUAUGAUAAAGCCAAACAAAGAUAUGCAAGGAGUGGGGAGGGAAAAUUGAGUCCAGGUCUUCAUCUUGCCUCAGCUGCUGAAGCAGGAGGUUUGGUUUGCCUGUGUACAAAUCCUGUUUGGCUUGUAAAGACAAGAUUGCAGCUUCAAAGUCCGCUUCAUCAGACGCAACCAUACUCUGGGCUUUUUGAUGCUUUUAGGACCAUAACGAGGGAAGAGGGAUUUAGUGCACUUUACAGAGGCAUUGUUCCUGGUCUAUUGCUGGUGUCUCAUGGUGCUAUUCAGUUUACAGCAUACGAGGAGCUCCGUAAAGUUAUUAUUGAUUUUAAGAGUAAGAGAAGUACAUUCCAUAAUCAAAAUCCUGAUAAAUUGUUGAAUUCUGUUGAUUAUGCUGUUCUUGGAGCAACAUCAAAACUGGCUGCAAUACUGCUAACCUAUCCAUUUCAGGUUAUGCGGUCUCGCUUGCAGCAACGACCUAGUGGUGAUGGGGUCCCAAGAUAUAUGGAUACUUGGCAUGUUGUGAAAGAAACUGCACGAUUUGAAGGUAUCCGGGGCUUUUACAAAGGAAUUACCGCAAACCUCUUGAAAAAUGCUCCUGCUUCUUCAAUAACAUUUAUUGUUUAUGAAAAUGUUUUAAAAUUGCUUAAACCGACAAUAAGGAAUGACUGAGUAUUUCAUUUUCCAUCAGGAUUUUCCUUUAUCCUUAUUGUUGUUUAAUAUCCUCUUAUUUGAUAUUUGUAGCAAUGGGUAUCUAUCAUUUUUCCUAUCACUUUUUCAUGAUGGGAUUCUACAGAGUAACAAAUAGAUGCAAUUUCCAGAGAUAAAA